UCCUCCGUCUCUUCGGGCCGCCGAUCCUGGAGAUGGCGGCGCGGUGAGCGGCGCCGGGAGCAUCCGUCCGCAUCCGCCUCCAUCCGCCCUCAUCGGGGCCGGACUAGGUUGUAGAAGAUGGCCAAGUUCAUGACACCCGUGAUCCAGGACAACCCCUCCGGCUGGGGGCCCUGUGCCGUCCCGGAGCAGUUUCGGGACAUGCCUUAUCAGCCCUUCAGCAAAGGAGAUCGGCUCGGAAAGGUUGCUGACUGGACUGGAGCCACCUACCAGGACAAGAGAUACACAAAUAAAUACUCGUCCCAGUUUGGAGGCGGCAGCCAAUAUGCAUAUUUCCACGAGGAGGAUGAGACCAGCUUCCAGCUGGUGGACACGGCCCGGACCCAGAAGACGGCCUACCAGCGGAACAGGAUGCGGUUUGCCCAGAGGAACCUUCGGAGGGACAAGGACCGGCGGAACAUGCUGCAGUUCAACAUGCAGACGCUACCGAAGGGGGCCAAGCAGAAAGAGAGAGACCGCUUACGCCUGCAGAAGAAGUUCCAGAAGCAGUUUGGGGUGCGGCAGAAAUGGGACCAGAAAUCCCAGAAGCCCCGAGACUCUUCUGUGGAAGUCCGCAGCGACUGGGAGGUGAAGGAGGAGAUGGAUUUCCCCCGCCUGAUGAAGAUGCGCUACUUGGAGGUGUCGGAGCCCCAAGACAUAGAAUGCUGCGGAGCCCUGGAGUACUACGAUAAGGCCUUCGACCGCGUCACCACGAGGAACGAGAAGACCCUGCGGAGCAUCAAGCGCAUCUUCCACACCGUCACGACCACCGACGACCCCGUCAUCCGCAAGCUGGCGAAAACGCAGGGGAACGUGUUUGCCACUGACGCCAUCCUGGCCACGUUGAUGAGCUGCACCCGCUCGGUGUAUUCCUGGGACAUUGUCGUCCAGAGGGUCGGCUCCAAGCUCUUCUUCGACAAGAGGGACAACUCUGACUUUGACCUUCUGACCGUGAGCGAAACCGCCAACGAGCCUCCUCAGGACGAGGGCAAUUCCUUCAAUUCACCCCGCAAUCUGGCCAUGGAGGCAACGUACAUCAACCACAAUUUCUCCCAACAGUGCUUGAGGAUGGGUAAAGAUCGAUACAAAUUUCCCAACCCAAACCCCUUCGUGGAAGACGACAUGGAUAAGAACGAAGUGGCUUCGGUGGCCUACCGGUACCGGAGGUGGAAGCUGGGGGACGACAUAGACCUGAUCGUCCGCUGCGAGCACGACGGGGUCAUGACCGGCGCCAACGGAGAAGUGUCUUUCAUCAACAUCAAGACGCUGAACGAGUGGGAUUCUCGGCACUGCAACGGCGUGGACUGGCGCCAGAAGCUGGACUCUCAGCGGGGGGCCGUCAUCGCCACGGAGCUGAAGAACAACAGCUACAAGCUGGCCCGCUGGACCUGCUGUGCCCUGCUGGCCGGAUCCGAGUACCUCAAACUGGGGUACGUGUCCCGCUACCACGUGAAGGACUCGGCCCGCCACGUGAUCCUGGGCACCCAGCAGUUCAAGCCGAACGAGUUCGCCAACCAGAUCAACCUGAGCGUGGAGAACGCCUGGGGCAUCCUGCGCUGCGUCAUCGACAUCUGCAUGAAGCUGGAGGAGGGCAAGUACCUCAUCCUCAAGGACCCCAACAAGCAAGUCAUCCGCGUCUACAGCCUGCCCGACGGCACCUUCAGCUCCGACGAGGACGACGACGAGGACGACGAGGAGGAGGAGGAGGAGGAGGAGGAAUCGUAAGCCGGACGGACAGUCGGACGCGCGGCCACUCGUAACUCCUCCGGGCCAGGAAGAGACGCGGGGGCCUCCGUGCUGGGGAUCCCGCCGGCUUACAGGGAGGCCUCAAGGUCCAAAUAAAGUACAAGUCGUUAAAUCACA